AAAUCUGAAUCGACAGCAACAAGUUCGCUAGAUCGCAAGCGCAAAGCAACCGAGCCUGAACUGACAGUCACCACAAUAGAUCCGUUCUACGACCUCACCCUUAUUAUCGGCGCUCCCGGCAGUAGCCAUGGACAAGCUGCUUUUCGCGUUAACAAAGGCACCCUACGCCACGCAAGCGAGAUCUGGACCAAGAUGCUGACUGGUGCCUGGGCUGAGAGCAAGCAGUCCGAGAUUGAGUUCCCCGACGACUCUCCCUGGGCCUUUGAGCUAGUGCUACGCGUCGCACACUUGCAGAUGGAUGCGCUGCCCGCAGUCCUCGACCUGGCGCAGAUGGAGGAACUGGCGCGGCUGACAGACAAAUACAACUUGGGGAAGCUUGUGGAGGUUGCGCUGGCUUCCAAGCAAUGGUUGAACAAUGCUCGCUCGGCAUGGCAGAAGUGGCCUGCAGAACCUUCGUACCAAGACUGGGCGGUCAUUAAUCAUGUUUUCCGGUCUCAAGACGACUACGAGUAUCUUGUCACCAGACUGGCGGUGGAGGUACAGGUCGAUGAGAAGUACAUUUCCUACUACUAUGGAUCUGGCGAAACCAAGACGGAGCUGAAAUCGGACCUGCCGGAUCGCAUUCAAGGU